ACGACAGUCCUUGACGACGGCUAGGCAGAACAAUGGCAGAAAUUAUCGGUGCUAAAAAAUCACUUUGGGAACAAGUUUGUGAAGAAUUUGAAUAUGAACAACCAAGUCCUCCCUGUGAAAAGUGGACAGAUGGCAUCUCGGUCAAACAACCUACAGCAGCUGAAGCUACACAGUCUACACAAAUUUAUGAAGGUCCUGUCACGUGUUUCUUCCAGAAGACACUGUUUCCUGUGUUGUUGCCCGGCCUGGCAGCUUUGCUGACAGAAGCCAGGAAACAUCGCUGUUUUGAGAGAAAAAUAACAGCAUUUGUCCCCUGUGACUUCCUAACUGAGUGGCUCUACAAUCAUAGCCCCUGCAGGCAGGGACAGGAUCCAGUGAACUUUCAUGAGAUUCCCUUUGUUAAGGCCUGGCUGAGCAUCCACCCCAGGCCUCCCAUCCCUUUGUUUCUGCGGCUGAAGGAGCAGGAGGCUGCUCUGCUCAUCCAGGCUUUCUGGAGGGGAUACAAGAUCAGAGCACGGCCAGAUGUGCAGGAGCUGCGUCGAUGGCAGAAGGAGCAGAGGGAGAACCGUGACAUCACCAAAACCGUUGCACAAUUCUGGGCGCAACAAGAGCGUCGAGUGGCUUUGAGUGUGGAACAUCUUCCAGAACGUCACCACCCAGAUGACCCCUGA